AUGUGGGCAUCUAGCAGCAUGACGAGCAUGAGUGGUUGCAGUGAAAGUUUGCGAGGGAUGCGAUUGGAACGCGACCCUGACAAGAGACGAUUAACCAUCACGCAAGGACCGGACGAUGUAGGAUCAGCUGGAUGCACCAUAGAGCUAUCAGACCAGGACAUUGUCACGGACCUUUUGGGAACAUUGCCUAAGCUGAAAGCUGCUGUAGAGGACUACGAAAACAAAGCUCCAAAUUGGCUGCGCAAGUCGAAAAGAGGUGAUGCCGUGGAAAUUUACGAGCUCUUGCCGACUCGGGAUGGCAAGGGAGACGAUAUGGACAUUGUACAUUCAGUGGUAGCGACGAUUGAGAUCGAAUGCCAUUUUAACGAGGUUUUAAAUGUACUUACAAGUCAUCACACAAAUCGUGACUUGGAAGCGUCGAUGCAAGCCCUUAUCCCCAAGAAAAAAGUUCGACAGGGUGAAGUAUUGCUACAGCCUCAUGCCACAACGCUCGACGGAUCUCCGGUCAGACAAACUGGAAUUAAAAGGUCUUUACGCGGAGGCAGGAGUGUUAAGUUUUACAACACGUGUAUACCAGAAGGGGAAGAGGAGGACGCUGGCGCAGAGCGUAAAGUGCUCGUAAGUGUCAGUAUGACACGCUUCAAGUCAAAACGCCGGAUUGAUCUCCAAGGCCGACUUCGUAAUUGUCACCAGCGGCUACAGAAACUUUGUCUAGCAACACUUACUCAUAAGUUUGCGGGCAACCAGCGCGCCGUGCACGUGAUCAAGACCCUUCCUCGAACAGUACACGACCAGCUUGCUCCCGUUGAAGAGAAACACCAGAAACGGUCUGUUCUUGGAAGUAGUUUGCGAGGACUGGACCAUAUUUCAGUUGGUUUUGACAUUCAGACAAGACAUGUCCAUUGUGUUGGCGCUCGAGGUGCUGCGCAAUCGACUAGGAUUAUUGCUCACGGAUAUGCUGCUGUCACUCCUCCGGAACAGUUUGGUCAACAGCAACAAAAGACAAUGACAACGUAUAGUCCAUCGGAACUAGCAAACUAUCGCUCAUCUCACGUGAACGCUGAAGCCAAGCACGUGAUUGAGCUUUUAACUACUUCAUUGCAGCAAUUUGAGCGUGUGAUUCGGCGCCGCCGACUUGGUUUGCAGACGUUUAUUAAAAUUAAGCCUGGCGAUCGAAGUGGCGGUGACCCCCAAGGGUUCCAGACUUGCGAAUUUUGCAACAAACGCUUUUCACUACUUCGACGUGAACUUUACUGUCAGUUGUGUGGCCAUGUGUGCUGUGGUGAUUGCUCAAAGCUGUACGAGGUGGAGACUAAUGUUGGAGACGUUAGUAAAAAGCGUUUGUGUGUGCGCUGCAUUACUAAUGUGGACUCUUGCGUCUUCGAAGACGAGGACAUCAUGACAGCUCUGGGUCCUGCAGUGAUUGACGACGAUUAUGACUAUGAUUACGACAGCGAUGAGUGCGAGUAUGCCUAUAAUCGUCGUGACGAGAAUGAAACAUAUGCGAGCGUGGGGUCCACGGUCGCUUGCUCUGAAUUCGAAAGCGGAACCAAUCUUGAUGAUGUAUCGACAGAGCUUUAUUCAGUAAACGCAUUGGACCGCUCAAUGGCUCUACAGACACUCGGACGGCUAGUAAAUUCACAAUUCCAUGAUUCUGAAAAGCAGAGCUUGUGCGAGCGAUCUCGGCUGGCCCAGUUGCAACCUUGUCACUCGCAGCUCACGCAGAGUCAGCUUAGCCAAUCGCAGUCACAAUUUGAGCACCCCCAGAAGCUGAUGCAGUCGAAUUCGCAAUUCCAGAAGUCUCAACUUACUCAAAGUCAGCUCAGUGUGUCCCAAUUCAUGCAGUCACAGCAUACACAGUCACAGUGGAGUCAGUCACAAUCGAAGAUGCAAUUUCAGCAGUCUCAGCUUACGCAGAGUCAGCUCAGUCAGUCACAGUCUCGACUACAAUUUCAAAAGUCUCAGCUUACGCAAAGUCAACUUAGCCAGAGUCAACUUAGCCGGAGUCAAUUCAGUCAGUCUCAGUCCGCUUACACGCAGUCACGGUUCAAGCAACCUCACUUUGACGAUUCAGUCGUAGCGAAGCUUCGUGCAGACGUUGAAAGCCAUCUCAAACGCACGUUGCGAAUGACGCUUGGAGACACGCGGAAGAGGUUUUCGGGGGCUGACGAGUCACAGUUUUCGGUCGCACCUAUCGACCGCGAUUACCAACUCGAGUUUGAUGGCAGCCAGACCAUGUCUCUAUCCCACCCGUUGCCACCAAAACCCCUUCCAGCUCAAGAGCGAAGGCGAUUGCAAUACGUUAUCGGCUCUGGAGCAAUGAGCCCCACGUACGAUCGAAGUGCGCUGAACAUGCUUGCGCAGAUUGCAGCUGCACACCUGCAUUGCCCCAUCGGGUACAUAACAAUGAUCGACCCGUCAACGCAGUACGUGGUGGGGCUUCAUCCUCGUGGUGCCAUCCGAAUGUCCAUUCCUCGAGAGGAAUCAAUGUGCUCGUAUACCAUUUAUCAUGAACGUCCACUCGUAGUUAAGAAUGCUCUGAACGACAUUCGCUUCAGUCAUAUGGGCUUUGUGAGCCAGACCGGUCUUCGGUUCUACGCCGGGUUUCCUAUUCGAGCACCCGACAACGCUGUGGUGGCCACGAUUUGUGCGGCCGACUAUAAGCCACAUAAGUACAUCUCCGCCAAGCAGUAUGCCGAAAUGGAGGCAUUGGCAGACUUAGCAAGUACGCUCAUAAUCACCUCCGACACCGAGAUCAAGACGGCCAAGCAGGAUUCAUACAUGUUUCCACGAUGGUAA